UUUUACAGGGGUCUUUGAAAUUGUAAGUCUACUAGGUGACACUGUUGAUGUCCCAACUAGAUCGUCCGCAAAACAAAGUGAACGAACCUGAAGUGAACAAGAGUACGACCUGCAUCACUAAAAAUGGCCCAUGAAAACCAACCCAACGAUCACGUGGAUUGUGGUUUUGCAAAUCCUGCAUUUGUUUUGAUCAACGACCCGUAUUGGAAUUGCAAUGAUAAAAGGAGAUGUAUUCAAGGACAAGUUUGUCUAGAAGAAUUUAGAGAUAUUCUGCUCAAAUUGAUCCUGCAAUUUUCUACCAAACGUCCCCCAAUGUAUAAGUUUAGGAAAAACAAUGAAAACUUCGAAGAACGUCUUGAAACAAAAGGUGCCCUGGAAGUUUUGAGAUACGCUGAAAAUUUUCGUUUUUGUAAGAUCACAAUUGACGAUGAUGUAAAAUUUCGGGAGUGUCUUCAAAGUGUAAGAUUCCUGAGAAACGAAUUGACUCACCAAGUCCCUUCGUGGAGGAUUUCGGAUUUUAAAAAUUUUUUGGAGGAAAUGAACAAUGCCUUAAGAUGUUUCGUUAAACUCGAUAGCCAUAAUAACGAUUUGGACAAAUGCGUAAAUGGCUUCAUUUCUAAGUGUGAAAGAGAACUCAAAAAUGUUGACCAGUUUCAGCACUUGUAUUAGCACGCAUCCACGAUGUGAUUUAUAUUGCCAUUUUGCGUGUCUUUUUGAAAACAAAAAAGAUUUUGUAAUAGCAUUAAUCUGGUAAAUGA